AUGAAUUGCUUUGGAAAUUACUUCUCUAAGUUUCCUGAGGAUGUUUCCUUACUCAACAUAGACUCACCUCUGUUGCUUUCACUCACAUCAUCUGAAGAUGAACAUUUUGUUUCCAACAUAAGGAGCCAUGCACCAGCCCAAGCUGUGGUGAAGCAGCCUGUCCGGGGAGCCAGUGGCAGGACCACAAUCACAACAGUUGUCCAGACUGGUGGGGACUGGAGCACCGGCCUCUUCAGUGUCUUCAGAGAUAGGAAAAUUUGUUUCUGUGGUUUGUUUUGUCCACUGUGUCUUGAGUGUGACAUCGCCAGGCGCUAUGGAGAGUGUCUUUGUUGGCCAUUGUUACCUGGGUCCACCUUUGCACUGAGAAUUGGCACCAGAGAGAGACAUAAAAUACGGGGCACCCUGUGCGAGGACUGGCUGGCAGUGCACUGCUGUUGGCUGUUUUCCAUCUGUCAGGUGGCCCGGGAACUCAAAAUGAGGACCUCCCAACUCUACGAAAUCUAUGCAGCCCCUUCGACUAAGGACACCUUUAUUUGA